AUGGUUUCUAAGGUUUUGGUAACAGGCGGUGCUGGUUACAUUGGUUCUCAUGCUGUCGUUGAACUAUUAGCCAAUGGGUAUGAAUGUGUUGUAGUGGAUAACCUUUCCAAUUCCUCUUACGAAAGUUUGGCAAGAGUUCAAGUACUAGCUAAGAAGUAUGUUCCCUUCUAUAAGGUAGAUUUGAUAGAUUUAGAGGCCUUGACCAAGGUUUUCGAGGAACACAGUGAUAUCGAAAGCGUUAUUCAUUUUGCAGGUUUGAAAGCUGUUGGAGAGAGUUCACAGAUUCCUUUACAGUACUAUCAAAACAAUGUAAGUGGAACUCUAGUGCUUUUACAGUUGAUGCAAAAGUACCGGGUUAAAGAAUUUGUUUUUUCCUCGUCGGCAACAGUGUAUGGUGAUUAUACUAGGUAUCCGGGUAUAAUACAAGUUCCAGAGACUUGUCCCUUACAGCCUACGAAUCCUUAUGGUCAUACGAAAUUUACUAUUGAAAAUAUCUUGAGAGAUGUUUCCGCAUCUGGUGGUUGGAAAUUUGCUAUUUUACGUUAUUUCAAUCCAAUCGGUGCACAUCCUUCAGGUCUCAUUGGUGAAGAUCCAUUGGGUAUUCCAAACAAUUUGCUACCUUAUAUGGCGCAGGUUGCAGUUGGUAGAAGAGAAAAAUUGUCAGUUUUUGGUAAUGAUUACGAUACGAGAGAUGGCACUCCAAUAAGAGAUUAUAUUCAUGUAGUUGAUUUGGCAAAAGGACAUGUUGCCGCUUUAAAAUACUUGCAGGAUCAAGAAAAUGAUAUUUGCGAAGAAUGGAACCUUGGAUCUGGGAAGGGAUCCAGUGUUCUUGAAAUGUACGACGCUUUCACUAGGUCAUGUGGGAUAAAGAUUUCUAAGGAGAUCGUUGGUAGAAGAAAUGGUGAUGUACCUCUUUUAGUGGCUAAACCCACAAAGGCAGAAUUAGAGCUUAACUGGAAAACGGAACUAGGUGUUAAAGAAUCCUGUGAAGAUCUGUGGAGAUGGGUUACCAAGAAUCCCUUUGGUUAUUCACAACAUGGUGUUAUUGGUACAACGGUACAUAAGGGCGACUACGAUAAUCGUCUUGUUACUUUGGGACAUGGAUCUAGAUUUCAACUGAUAAUUUCAAACAGAGGAGCCUCCAUAAUUGAUUUACUGGUAGAUGGCCAAAGUAUAGUUCUGGGUCCAGGUGACCCAGGUGAUUAUUCAGGCGCCACAAUCGGUCGUUAUGCCAACCGGAUCGUGGGCGGCAAAUACGACUUGGAUGGUAAAGUUCACCAAUUGACUACUAAUGAUAAUGGUAAUACAAAUCAUAGUAGUGUGGGUUGUUACAGCGAAAAACAUUUUCUGGGACCACUGGUGAAAACCCCUUCAAAGGGAGUUUUUAUUGCAGAGUAUGUUUUAUUGGAUGAACAACCAAGGGAUUUUCAGAGUGAUUUACAAGUAAGCGUCAUCUAUACAUUAGAUGUUCAAGCAAAGGCACUAGAUAUUCAAUAUCAAGCGGUUUUAACGAAAGGUGAAUCUACGCCGAUCAAUUUGACAAACCAUACUUAUUUCAAUUUGAACAAAGUUAAUGCAGAUACGGUUCAAGGUACGGAAAUUCGUUUGGCAACGAACAAAGCAGUUGGACUCGAUGGUACAUUACACCAGGUAGAUGUAUCUACAUUUAACGACAAGGAAGAAGAAGUUACCAUUCUCGAUUCAGUAGAGCCUCGCAUCGAUCAUUGUUUUGUCGUAGCUGAAUCUACAUCUUUAGACUCUACCAAGGGUAAAUUACGUCCUGUGCUUCGGGCCUCGCAUCCAGAAUCUCAUAUCUCCUUAGAAGUCUUGACGACUGAACCCAGUUUCCAAUUGUACACAGGUGAUGGGCUCACUGGAUUUACACCAAGAUCGGGUUUCGCAGUGGAACCAGCGCGUUACGUCAACGCGAUUAAUGACGAGAGAUGGAAGAAGACUGUAACAUUGUCACAGGGAGAUGCUUACAGAUCGAGGAUAGUCUAUAGGUUUACAUAG